CCGUACACUGCCAAGAAAUGAAACGAUCUAGGGAAGACAUACAUGUGAAUACAUUUACAACACUAAUAGUGUAUUAUGGCUUGCAGGUGAAGCUCGUUGUGGGAAGUCGGGUUUGAUCUAUUUCGGCGUUCCCCAUCGCUCAGAAUGCUCAUCCAACGAAUGCCGAUUGCGAAUAGAAGAAGAAGGUCGGCCGUAGGUCAUUGUUUGAGGUAAAAAUGGCGACUGUCACUCAAUCAAAUACAUCUGGAAGCCCGAAUGCGACGGGAGUGUGGAAUCGAUUGUCCCCAGAAGAGUUUCAACAGCUCCAGGAGUACACUAAGUGUAAGAGAUUUUCCUCCCUUCUUUGUCCUUUUGGUUAACAAAGUACUUUAACGCGCAGUUAAUGUUUGGUGUUGUUUAGUGAUAUACAAACCGUGGCGUUACGGAUGAAUCAUGCCGUUCGAAUUUCGUAUAUAGCUAUCUCCGAUAUUCAAAAUUUCUAUGCCAUUUCUCCUUUCGGAUAUUAGCAUACGAGACCAUACUGAUGCCUUAUUAUUUCACAAUAAAAUAUUAACGUGGCCGAAGUGAUAUAAUCUGAAGUGAGAGUCGUUCGUGGUGUACUCUUUUUAAUUUUAAUCAAAGAAAUACUGCGUACAACGCCAUACAAUACGGUAUGAGAUGAAGGUUACACUGGGGUCUCCGUGUUUACAUGUCUUUCCUAUGGUGUGCACUGAAAAAAGUGACAUAAAUAUUGUUAUUUUUCAGUGAUACUCUUUAACUACAUUUCCAUUUUGAGUUGAUAACAAAACGCUGGACACGUACGUAGAUUGCCUAACGAAAAACGAAUCCGGAUUUUAAUACUUUAGUAUUACACUAAGCCUUAUGCUCUUAGGUGUUCUUCCAGUAAUAAUAUGGCGGCUAGUGUUAUUAGUCUAAUUUUCACAUGUAUAAACAAUAAUGUUCGUAAUUUUUAAAGACAAGGGAAGAUUUGGGUGGGUGUUCUCGUGAGAGUAUUUUCUGUUCGAGCCCUUCGUUGCCUCUGUAGUAAUAGACGAACAAAAAUUUAAAUUCUGAGAUAUGCGGUGUUACUGAUGUGCGGUGUUGGUUGACUUUUUUUUCGGUGGACGUUUUUCGGUGCAUUUUUGUUCGCUUUCAUAUUUUUAUUAUUUCAAUUUUCUCAAUUUCGAUCCUCAUGUUCCCCAGCCAAAAGAGCAUUUUUCAUAAACGCUUUCUCAAUACUAAAUUUCCUACGAUGUCACAUUUAUUAUUAUCAAUUUUUUUUGCUUUUCAUAUUAUUUAAAUGUUCCUGACGCAAUUUAAAUGAACAGUUUAUGGCGACACAUUAUGUCCACGACUUGUUGGCGGUUUCUUUCGAAUCUUUUAUAUCCGGGAGCUAAAACGAAAACUUUCGAGUUGAUUUUUAAUCUUCCCUUCUGAUUUGUGGUUACAAGGAAAGGUUGACUUGUUCAAAUACACGCGUUUAUAUCUCCUUCUCGUUUAGGGAAGAUAAGAGCUAGGUUGCGUUUCUUUGUGAUAUAUACUCACUCAGAAUGUUUGACUAUAUUCAUUCAAAAUAAACUGCUAGAAUAUCUUUUCUUUUUGUGAUAAGGUUUUUUAAAAUUUUAGAUUUUCAAGCAAUUAUAUUUCUUGAAUUUUCCAGUUACACCCACCAGUGUUUAAUAUUAUCCAAAGAAAUGUCUAAGUGUUGUCAUAAAAUAUUUAUAGCUUUUGGCAUACAAACACGGGUUGACAAACAAAAUAUCACUCUUUUCACUCAAUAUGAAUGGCAAGGACAUUUGAAAACAUUAUCAAAAUUUUGUCUCAAUAAAUUUUUGGGAAGCCAUCCUCAAAUUUGUAAAUUAUUAUGGUUGAUGAUUCUUGAAAGUUUUCUUCAAAUUGCUGUUAAGUUUUCUAUCAACUGUGGCAUUAAGUAGUCUUCAAUAUUCAAGUCAACACCCUUUGAACUACCUGCAGUUGUUUAUUAAACUGCUGUGUAGUUGUGUUAUAUCAGGCCUAUGCUUAUAAAACCAAGCACAAUGCAUGUUAGUCUGUUACUCUAUAAAUAUGGGAUUAAAUGUUGUUGUAAAUUUUGUGUUACCAGCAUUAGUGAAUGAAUGUGAGAAUUUUUAUCUAGAGACGACAUGUUCUUUCGCUUAUUUCACUAACUUUCUAAAUAUACACGUCAUGUACAAUUCCUGGCUAGGUGCUUAAUUGAUGAAUUUUAAUAUAUGCUUCAUUAUUUCAUGUUUUACAUCUAUAAAUGUGGUUGGUUGUAUUAAUGAUUCCCUACUGUUCUGGAGAGUGUGUCAGCCAAUAGCAACCAAGUAAACUUUAUCAAGCCUUUUUGUUUCCUCUUAAAGACAAUUAGACUCUUUUUUGCAAUUAUGGUAGCAUAGCUUUCUCAUAAAUUGAGAAAUUUCUCGGAAAGGUUUGAUAUUUAGUUCUUGUAAUGCUUUUAGACAAAAGUAUAAUGUGUGUUAAUGAUUUUUGUUAUGAUAAAUGUGUUAUGAUUUUAAUGGGAGACAUUUUAUAAAUGUCAGAUGUUACAUGUAACUCAUGUAACUCAUUCUGGGAACAAACAUUCUGAAGCAUUAUUCAUUCCUAGUUGUUACAAAAUAAUCAUUAGUAAUUUGAAUAUCCACAGAUUGAAAUUUCUGGGUAUUGCAAUGUAUGUUCCAAAAUGGUGACUAAAUGAAAACAGUUGCAAUCAAAGCUGUUUUGCUUAUGAAAAUUAUUUGUGUUUUUUUGAUGUUAUGCAUUUAUAAAUACUGCUUCUUCUGUUGAGUGAUUUUCAUUUGUAAUGAAUACAGUUUAAAAUGACAUCUCCAUGUGGUAUUCAUUGUACAGUUUGUUUUGUUUCUAUUUUGCAUUUAGCUUUUGAUCAAGUCUCCUCUUUAAUUAAACACCAUUUUUUAAAACCUCUAGAUGCCAAGACACGUCGAUUGACAGAUGUUCUUCAACAGUUCCGCGAUGGGGUUUAUCCUCAGUAUAACCCAGAGAAGGUAAGUGUCAAUACACUUUGUUCCCCACAUGCUGUAAUAUUUAACAUUUAAACCCUCAUAAAUAAUUAUUCCAAUUCUUUUAACAUGACAGUCUACCAUAAUUUUACAUGAAUGUACUUGAACAUGUCAAAACUUUUGGUUGUCAUUAUUGAUAGAAUUCAUAAUAAAUUUUCUUUAAAGCCAUGCAACAUUUGACCUUCUUUUUCUUGAAAAAUGAUGCAGCUGCAAAUGUGUAAUUGUGCACACAAUAAUUGUUACUUUCUACCUUUGAAAUUUACAUCUGAGAUUUGGUAUGUGAUUUUUUUUUUUAAUCAGAUUCAAUUUUUUUUUCUGAUGGACCCUUUAAAAAACUUUGUGGCAGCAACACUCACAUACAGUUUGGUGGUUCAUGAUUAUCAACAACAAUUCAAAGGGUCUAUGUCACGCUGUGAGUUGGGGCACUGACUUCUUCUAAAUUGACACUUAUAAGUGUCAAAUAGAUAUUGUUUCUUGUAAUGAUCAACAAGAAGCAGAGUGUGAGCUAGAUAAUCACAAGGUGUUUUGGUCACGUACUGUUCUGUAUGUUCCGAAGUAAUUACUGGUACAAUCCACUAUCUACAGUCCUAUAGAAAAAUUUUUUGCCCCAAUUAUUUCCUGUGAGCUUCAAUAAAUAUCAGGGCUUUUCCUAUCAGCAAAGACAAUUUGAGAGUUAAGAAAGGUGUUACAUGAAGAAGAAUCUCACAAAUACAACUAUCUUCUUUAGGAGAACAUUUAAAAUGGAGGCAAAUUGAUCUUGAGCUAGAAAAGCCAGAACUUGAAAUCAUUCUAGUUAGCUUUUUCAUGAAUCAGAAUGUAUACAAUAACGCUAACUUUAAGUCUAACAUUACAGGGAAUAUACUUGCAUUGUUAACUUUUUUAAUUUUUCUGCCAAUAAACAUAUAUCUGAAAAUGUAAUUUUUGUACUUAUGAAGUGAUUCUUUCUGGGCAUGUAAUUUUCACAAGAGUAUUUUAGAAUUACAUGGACUCUCCUCCAAUGGCCGCAUGGCUUUUCUUAGACAAGCACUGUAGAUUGUUUACAACUUGCACAUCUUAUGGUUUAUUUAUCACUUGCUCAGUGUGGUUUAACAAAGUUAAAAAGUACUGAAAACCUUCCUUAUGCUUAUUUUUGUCAGUCUUCCAGUAGUUUCAAUAUUUUCCCAGAUGGUUAGUAAAUGAAUAGUCACUUCUAACACGUGAAAGUCAAUGUGAUUAUGUACAUAUUUAAAAACUGUUGCUAAUAGUAAUUUAAGAUAAUCCAUCAAGUAAAAGCUCUGCAAAAGUUUAUACUUGUGAAACAUUUCAAGACGUGUUAAUGUUAAGAACUGAUCAAUCAGCUUGAAUGGUUUUCAUGGAAGACAUUUACCAGGUUGUACGGUACAGUUCCCUCAGUGCAAGAACAAUUGUGCUCCAUCAGAAAUAGUGUAAAUUUUCAAAGUCAUCAAAAAUACAAAACUUUAAGGUAUGUGGAGUACAAAAAAAGUACAAAUUUAGAAAACGAGAAAGUGACAAAAUUCAAUCAUUGGGGUUUAUGUUCUGGGCUGAAGUGAUACAUGCACAAUGUACAUGGAACAGCAAAUUUUAAGAACAAAGUAAUUGUACAUAUAUUUUUCUUAAGAAAAUUAUUUUAUUAAGGAAGAAAUAGAAGGAGAAAAAAGAAAUAUUGGCAUUUUAAGACCUUAGGAACAUUUUGAUAAGAAAGCAUUAAUCUUUAAAUUUACUUGGAUCACUUUUAACUUUUAAAGCCUCAAGUUUUUAAGUGCCAGCUGUUCAUUCUUGGUGUUUUUUGUUUUUCAGCCAAUGGACUAUGAGGGAUUCAAAUUAUUUAUGUCUGCUUAUCUUGGUAGUAAUGUGAGUGAGGAUUUAUGUGAACAUCUCUUUUGGGCAUUCCAUAAACAAGUCGCUGUGCAGUCUCCAUCUCUGUCACAAACUAUCAUAGAUAGUGUGGCUGUAUCAGUGGUUGCAUCCAAUUCCCAACAAGACCUUAACAAACAUGACAGGAGACGUAAGUACUUUCUUGCCAUUGGCUUUCACUGCAGGUCAUGUUCUAAUUGUUGAACAAACUUAGAUUAAGAAUUGCCUGGUUUUUACUUAGUGUAAGUAAAACAUAAGUAUGAUUUGCAAAUCUUCUUUGUCUAAGAGAUAAUCAAGAUGUCCAUCUCGUGUACUUUAAAUGACAUGCUUUUGCAUGGGAAAGCAGGUCAGGAAUGAUACCAUUCCAGACUCACCAAAUUUUUUAUUGUUUCAAGUUUCUUAUAUUUGACUGUCUUCAUCUAUUGCAUACCCAAGAAAUAGAGAAAGUUUAUUCAUGAAUAGAUAUUUUUGGGGAGGAUUUCAGAAAAAGUGAUCAGCCUGUUAAGUAAGAGUUGUGUGCUAAUUCUUAUAUUUGACAGUCUUCAUCCAUUGCGUACCCAAGAAAUAGUGAAGGUUUAUUUGUGAACAGGUAUUUUUGGGGAGGAUUUCUGAAAAAGUGAUCAACCAGUCAAGUAAGAGUUGUGUGCUAAUUUUGUGAAAUGAAUAAGAUGGUGAAUUCAUAUUUUCUGUUUGCGAAGAUUGUGUACAUACUUGUAUUUGGUGGUUUUGUUAGAGCUAAAAAAAUGCACAGUGCACUUAGAAAAGAUAUGUGAAGCACCAUCUUUUGUACCAAUGAGAGUGCAGCUUCAAUAACUGGUGUUCUGGUAUACUAACAAAUAAAUUCUGAAGUCUGAGGCAAGUAUGCAACAUCCACCCUUGUUUUUACAGCUGCACAUGCACUAUGACUGCACAUUUCACAAAGGCAGUUGACACCUUGAGGAUCCAGGAUCUUUCUUUUCCUUUUUCCUUACUGCCAUGAAAACCCUCUGUUGAAUUAGGUUCACAAUAUUGAUGUACAUUAGGGUAUAAAAGAAAACAUCAACAAUUUUGUUGGCUUCAUCUAAACCUUUGCAAACUGCAUGUAUGCAUUUUCAAUUGCACAAUCAUAUUAUUAUUCUUGUGAAAGUUGUAAUACAGUAUGUUUCAAGCCUCUGAUUUGAAGCCACUUACAAUGAAUUUCAAAUCUUGUUGAAAGCACUGAACAUAAACUCACAUUUGUGUUGACAGUUCAUUUUCACGCACACAUUUUAGAUUGUAUAAUACACAGGCAACAAUACACGGGCUUACAUGUGACACCUCAGUUGUCUGUUACACCAACAAGAAAAAAAUGACAUUAUAAUGAUUGAAUUUUAGCCUUUUUUGCAUUGAUGAUUUUUUAAUGUCCUUUUUGGAGAUAAAUGGUAAAAAAUUUGACUUGCUUUAAAUGAGACUGAAAUUUAAAGUUGACAUAUUUAUUUUCUCAGUAAAGUUCGCUUGAGUAUUAAAGAGAAUUUGUACUAUUCGAUUCAAAUUUCAAUCAAGGCUUUGGUACUAAAGCAAAACUAAGAGUUGAAUAAAUAAUGAACCAUCAUUAAUUUGAUAUUCAUUCCACAUCACCAUCAAGUGAAGUUCAGCAUCGCUUCUCUUAUUUCAGAGGGAGAAUAUCUUGUUUUAAUGUACAUCACAGCCAUUGAUAAAUUUGUCCUUACUUUUUCAUAACAUUUAUGGUGUGAAGAAACUUAUUAAUCAUAACUUAUUAUGUGCGUCCUGUAGUAAUGUCUGUUAAUAUUGUUUUUAUCACCUUUUAUAAAAUUUGUUUUAAAUUUACACAAUAUGUGCAUACAUUAAGACACAUUGGAAGAAUUAUAAAUUACAUUUGAUAAUUAUGUCAACAAAAUAACUCUUAACUCACAUUAAUUCAUUUGAAACUUUAACUACACAUUCAGUUUCAGAAAUUCCAGGUAUCCACAGUGGAGCUGGAACUGCAGCGCUGGUUGCCACAGCAGCUGCAAUAGGGGUUGGCGAUAAACCUGAAAUAACACUAUCUAAAGCCAAUGAUGAAGUUGCCGAGUCCAAUGUUAAAGCUAAUGGAUCACCCACAGUUAAAACUAAUAAUAAUGAUUCUAAAGGCAGUAUACAACCUUCCCUCACACUGUCACCAGCGCCUGCUCAAGACACUCUAGGGCUUGGUACGUGGGGGCGAAAAUCACCUGAUUUAAAACAUCACUUCCGAAGACACUCUAGUGGCUCGUUCAUGGGUUAGUAGCUACAUUUUAACAGCUGCUUGUAAUCACAAAUUGAACCCAUUUUAAAUUUCAUGCUAAUUGAUUUUUUUUUAAAUACAUCAUUUUCUUUAACAGCAUUGAUCAGCAUUUUGGUUUUUUUUUUGUAUGAAUGUGUUAAUAAAUAGAUAUGUUUCUUAACUUUCCUAUAUGUGGAAAUGUUUAAAUAGUUAUAAUUGUACCUCAUAACUAAAUAAUUACUGUUACGUUUUGUACAGUGAUAAUUUGAGUGUAUGGUGUUUUAGGAAGAAUUUUAUUUGAGCUACACUGAUUUUUGCUUUUCAAAUAAUGAGAAAUAGAAAUAAAAGAAUUACACAGCUAUCCCUUAAACAUUAUCCCUUUUUUGUGAACCUGAUGGAGUUAAAAAUGAAUAAUACAAAAUUACUCUAGGAAGAAUUAAAAGAUAAGACAAAUUGGGGGGUGUUGGGCUUCAUUUUUGAAAUUGUGUACAGCAGUUGAUUACUUUCCUCAACAAAUUGUGCUGUGAUGUUUUUGCUACAGUGUUAGCAGACUCAAAUAAAUAAUUCUAUUAAAUUAUUGUUCAAUGUGACUUAAUUGAAAAGUAAAAUAUAAAAAUCUUUUAAAGCUGAAAUUGCAAUUUAAUUGAUGUUAAAAUGUAAUCUCACCAUAAAGUUUUGGUCUGUAAUUACUGUUUUUUUUUAUGUUUUAAUUAUUUAAACAUUGAAAAACCCUCUGUCAAAAUGAGUUACUGCAGCGAUGUUUCCUUGUUUCCUUUUUCCCAGAAAAAUUGAUUUAAGCAAUGGAAAUCAACUGAUUUAUAUUCUCCAUUUGUUUCACAUCCAACCACCAAGAAAAUUUUUAUCCAACAUAUUUGUAAAAAGCAGUACUGCACAUACACUAUAAACAAAUAUCCACCUUUAACCUCAAGGAAAAAAAUAAAUGAAUUUGACAUUUUUCUUUGAGCAGAGGCUGUUGUGAUGUUCCACACCAGAAAGUUAAAUAAAAAUCAUAAGAAAGGGAUAGCUUACAAUUUUGUUGUUCCUAAACUCCUUUGAGCCAAUGACACAUUAGUAUGAGUGAAAGCACAGCUGGUCAUUUUGAAAAGAAGAUCAGUGUGGUCAUUGCAUACUGAAGUGGAAAACAUCUUAAUGAUCCUUAAAUGAAGUUUCUGAACUGAAUACAAUGAUUUGACUUAAAGUUGUACAAGUUUUUUUCCACCAGUUUCUCAUUUGUGUUAUGGGUGUCCUCAGAUGGAGGAAAAGCCAUAGUUUGUUCCUGACACAGGAACAAACUAUCCUUAAUUAUGCCUAUGUUCAGAAAAAAAAUUGUUACAGACAGACAAUUUUAUUAAAUGUCUUUCAUCAAAAACUUAAUGAUGUCACAACACAGCAAAACCUGGGAUUACCUGGUAGUAUUUUUCUGAAAGGUAUUUUUCCAACUAAAUGCCUGUUGACUUGGACAAUGUUUGACUUUAAAUAGAUCAUUGAUCCUGAUAAAUGGUUUUCAACAAGAAAGAGAAAGUGUGGAAUUUGGUCAGAAUUAUCCACUACUUCACACUGCUGUGAAAAAGUAGUACAACAUUUAAGUGAAUGGUAGAAAAAUAUGCUUGAAGGAAAUGGUUGUUAAUUAUUCAAAUAAAAAGUUGAACUUAACCGAGGUAGAGUUAGCAAGGUUCUAUCAUAGCUCCCACUUGUAUUUUGUUUGUUUGCUGGCCAGGGAUAACUCAAGAUAGUGCAUAGUAAGCUAACUAUAUUCAAGAUGCAUCAUCAGGGUCAACCUUUUAACUCCCAAGAUUUGAUUGUUACUUCUCUGUUCUAGCUGCUAUACAUUUCCUUGUAAAUAAGUUACGAGAAUUUAGGGUUAGGUCAUGAUAACAACUUAACUUGAACCUGAUAAGUUUGAGUAUUCUCAAUACCUGUGUGCCAGAUGCUUUAUGGAUAUUAUAGGAAGACAUUAAAUGGUAGUCACUUCUGGGAGUUAAAUGUUUAAGGUUAUCGUUAGGGUAUGUUCCUCAAUAUGUUGGAUUAAUGAAAAGAACUGCUGCAAAAUUACAAAGUGCCUGGAGUGGCUGUAAUGACAAAUCAGCAGUAUUGAGCAAGUGCUCUUAAGGUGGUGUUCACUGUUUGCUUGUAUUGAAAAAUUUUGUCUUAAACAUCAGCAAAAUCAUGGUGUGAUUUUGUUCCGUCAACAGCUUUUAAAGUGGCCAAUGAACACCCUCCUGCCCACCCCCGCUCAAGUUCACAGAGAAAGAAAAUGUCAAGUGAACAAGUGAACUUGCUGAAUGCCAAUGCACAGGCCAAAACAGUACCUAUGGUUUCUAUCAGGGAGAUUGCUUGUUAUCUUUCCAUGCUGGAAGGUGGAAAAGUCGAGGAUAAGCUGGAGUGUAAGUAUUAGUAACCAAGACUGAUUUGCCAAUGUGGUUUACUGCAGGUAAAUACGGGCAUGUUCUUCACUUGGUAGGGAUCCUAAAGUUUAUUUAGAUCUUACAAAGAAUGAGGAAUGAUUUGCUUUCGUUGAUGCUGUUAGGUUCUUUAAUUUGACAUUCUUUUAUAAUUUCUACAAUUUGUCCUAUUUCAUAGUUGCAGUAUGCGAGUCAUGUUUGUUUUUUGUUUCUUUGUCAUAAUUGAUGUUCUAAUCGUCAAUUAUAAUUAUCUAUCAUGGUGGUGUGCCACCAAUAGUUUACUCAACAUCUUGUCUUAAAAAAAAUUGCAAAAGACAAAUUUUAAGACUUCAACUCCCUGCAGUUUAUUAUGAUCUCUCUAUUGUUACAAGUAUGUUGUCUGAUUCUUUGCCAAUUUUUGGUACCAAUUCCCAGCUUUACCAUAUUUGUGACAUUUUAAUUUCUGUCAAUCUGUCAAGUGAAUAUUUUGGCACUUUUACUGAAAGUUCCUUUUGUAGAUGUACAUGUAAGGUUAUAAGAUGUAGAAAUGAAAUUACUGCAGAACUAUAUGAUUUGUAAAUUUAAGUAACAGCUGCAGUGUUUCUAGGUUUUGUCAGGAAAUUAAGUUGAUUUGUUGUGUCACUUUUAAUUAAUUAUCAAUGGUGAUAAGGAUUACAGCUACAUGUUACCAUUGUGUUUCAUAUACAUCUGAGGUGAUGCAUAAACAGGUGUUGUUAUCACAUCAUAUUGAACAGUAUUACAGUAAUACAGGGCUUAUCAUCAGCUGCCAAGGUGCUUGAUUUGCAUUUUACUGAUUUUACUGUGAAUUGAAAUUCACUCUAAGUUAUUGCAGCUAGUUUAAUGUAUGAUGUUAGUGAUGUUAUUGUAAGUGUCAAGUGUGAUUCUUGUCUUCCAGUUGUUUUCAGAGUGUAUGACAGUGAUGGAAAUGAGUAUCUAGAUUCCCAGGUGCAUAUCAUUUUGCCAUAUUUUUAACUGAAUUGAGUUGUUAAUGGUCAUUUCAGUUAUUGGUUAUGGUUCUUGUAGACAUUUUCUUUCUGUAAGUGACUCUGAAUGCUUUGACAAGGAAUGCUGAAUUGUGUAAUAUAUAUGUUGUUUUUUUUGGCUAAAUUGUUAGCUCACCCAGAUAUGAAAAACCUUUGUUUGAAAUUUUGAGGCAAGGAAUUAGAAAUUCAAGAAUCCAUGCAAAAAGAAAAGCCACAGGAAGAAUUUACAAGUAAUACAUGUGUUGUGCAACUUGUCACAAAGACUUCUACAGUUAAAAAUUUAACCAAGUAAAACAAGAAUUAAUGCAGCUGUUUUCCUUGUUAUGUACAAAUAUUUGUUUAAAUGUUUUGGUAAAACAUAAUUUGUUUCUGCACGACUAGGUAUAGGUAUGAUAACUUUACUGUAGUAUUGUUGGGAAUUCUCAUAACUUAAAUUUCCAUUUUUAUUUGGUGAAGGAAUUGGAAUGCAUUACUCAGCAAAUGAUGAGUGUAGCUCAAUAUCUUGGUUGGGAUGUCACAGAACUCAAACCAGUAAGUAUGUUAUUUUUAAAUUGUGUAAACUCACAUGUAAGUCAAUAAUCAGAAUUACUUUAAAACUUGGAAAAAUGUGAACAUCUGUAGAUAUAUUCUUGCAAUUAUUUUUUUAAUGAAUAACCAGUUAUCACAUUUGUAAUAUGGAUAUUUAAGCAAACCACAAAGCCAGUAAACAAUAAGCACAACUUCCCAUAGUUUUUUUUUCUCGUAUCUGAUUGGCUUGGUUUUCUUGAGCAACAACAUUCCUUAAAUCAGUAUUUGGCUUUCUCUGUUUGUGUAACAACCUGAAUAUGUGAAGUAGAGAGAUGUAAUGUACCUGUAGGUCAGGUAGCCCACCUGUCCAUGUAAUCUUGAUCAUGUUUGCAUGUACCUAAUACUGGUGUAAACUGCCAAUGUGUCUCUCCCAGGCAAUCAGGCAAUGUUCCAUUGAGCUUAUUUGGGCUCAACAAAAACUUUUUUCUCAAUGAUCAUUUGUGGUUAGUCAUGUACUUGUUGAUUGUGCUGGGAUAGUUGUAAUUCAUUUUGUACGAGAUUGACUUAGAAUUUGAAAUAAAUAGUUAUAUUAUGGAAUUCUGGCCCCAGUUGUUCAAAGGGCAGAUAACACUAUCCAACAAGAUAAGUACUAAUAAAACUUACUGUGCUAGAUUGAAAUUUAUUCAGUGGAUAGCAUUAUCCACCCUUCAAACAACCUGGGUCAGAGGUCUGGGUUCAAUUCUUCACAGGGACUCUAUGUCCCAUGCUUGUGACAAGACAAGUAAUAUCUUUCUUUAUUCCAUUUCUGAGUGACAAACUUUACCUUCUUUCUAAUCUCAUUUAGUCUUACACUAUACUGUUGUUUGAUGUUAUAACUAAACAGUUAUUGGCAAUAAAGAUGUAUGUAUUCCAACAUGUAAACUAAGUUAUAAAGCUGUGUAGUGGCCUUAUGACUAGGAUUUAAUGGAUUAAAGUUGGCUACAAUGUGACAUGUUGGUAUACCUGGGGUACAUUAGAUCUUGCAGGACAUGUUGGUAGAGCUGGAUGAUGAUGCUGAUGGCCAGAUAUCUUUAGAUGAGUGGAUCAGAGGAGGACGUAAUACAAUACCACUUAGAGUACUGCUUGGCUUAGAAACUGUGAGUACCUGUUGAUAUGAUCCUUUGACUGGUAAAAUGACAAUUUUUAAUGUGUAGACAAUGACCACAUUUAUAUUGUGGUCACUUAUUGCAUGGAGCUACAUUGAAGCUAAUUUUCUUAAGUUCCACUGGUAUUUUUAAGAAAUAACUUUAAUUUGUUUUAAAACUCAGGUUUUCUAAGUACAUGGUGCAGAAAUUCACCAUCACUGAACAGUGUAGUCCAGUGAGAAAUUAUAUCUAGUUUAUUUUUACUUGUCUCCAAUGUUUCAGGUUUUUUUUCUGUUCAAAACCACCUCUUUCUUAGCUGUCAACUUGACUUCUUUGCAUACCAUACAUUAAUUUGUCGUAAUACUCCUGGAGCUCAAUGGUAAAUUGAGUGAUUUAAAAACAUACAUUGACAGAAUUCAUGCUUUCUGUCAUUUGAUUCCUAAUCAUAAGAAAAAUCAUUCAGCAGUCUUCAGUGCCCCUGUGAGUCAAUUAGUAUUCUUUUCUUUCCACAGCAAAUUCUCGAUGAUGGUCAGCAUCAGGUGGGAAUGCAAACAACUUACUUUAAGUUACUGUUUGUAUCUGUUCUUUAGUCACCUUAACCCUUUUCUGCUGGCAUUUUGUAUUAUUUCGGCCCAUAUGACUCUAGAUUCAAGCUAUUAAAUGACAUAAUUUAAAAAAUUAGUUUCAGGUGGCAGAAAUUUCUUGCAUUUGCUUAACAGGACAGAGCUCAAGACUGUCUAAAGUUUUCACUAACUUGCUUAACUGGCUGGUGACUCUCUACAGACUAAAACAAUUCUCACAAUUAAUGUAAGGUCCAUGUGUUCAACUGAACAACUUUUUUGUAAACAGAUAAUUAUUUUUGGAACCAAUAAUAACUACAUGUAUCUUCAGACAAAAUAUCCAAGCAUGUUUUGCCCCACUUAAUGCUUAAGUUAUAUCUGCACCCAAUGAGGUCAGUCUUUUUUUUUUGGUUUUUAGUGGCGUCAAAAACGCUUCAACAGAAAUGCUUUCUGUAACAGAUGUCUUAAUGUCCUGAAUGGGUUUGCGCUUAGUUAUCAAGGUCUUCAGUGCCCAUGUAAGUCAUCCUGGCAUAAACAUACAUCCUAUAGUUAUAUCUAUCUGUCUGAUGGGUUUACCAGUUGAACACCUUACAUGGGGUGUGGACAGAGCACAAGAAAAGUUUGAUUACAUCUUUCCUAAUGUUCUCCCAGAAUUCAAAGUGGAUUAUUAAGUCUCAUUAAACUGAACAUCUUCUGUGAUCAGUAGAUGGGGUGGUUAUGAGGGGAUACAUGUAGCUUUCUAUUCUCCUUUUCAAUAGUUACUGCCUUUGUACCAAAUCUAAAUGUAUUUGAAAACCAAAAAACUAUUCUAAUACCAACAGUUUGGCAUCCCUCAUCUCCCCCCAACCCCCUCCAUCCCUCUUUAAAGGGGGCCUACAGGACAAGUGUGAACAAAAUAUGGAACAAACAGUUUAAUUAGAUGCAAACUAGCAUGGAUCCCAGCUGUGUUAAACUUUAGGCAACUAAGAGGAAAACCAGUGAGAGGCAGGGUGAAGAACUGGAAUGUAUGAAGUCUAGAUUACAAGUCUGGUGUUCUAACUUCAUUGCCACACCAUUGGCUUUGGAAAAAAAGUGUGUUUAUUGCAUAAAUGAACUGCUCUAAUUUUGACUUGCAUUUUGUCACCAUCUGCUAUCACCUUUAGCUCAAUGCUUCCACUAUGUUUUUUUUUGUAUUGUUUUGUGAAACAUAUUUUACUUGACUUAGUUAUUCAAUUUCUUUGGCUUUAAAAUGAUUUUUAUUUUUGUUGAAUUUCUACAGUUUGUAAGUAUACAGUUCAUGAGCGUUGUGUUGAGAGAGUACCAGCGUCUUGUAUCACCACAUAUGUCAAGUCUUCAAGAAGAAGUGGGAAAAUGGUAGGUAGUGUUGCUUACAACGAUUGUUUAGUUGAGUGAUGAAAAUUUGAUAAUCUGAUUUAGGUUGUUUAAAAUAGGAUUUAGUUCAACCAGGGCAUGUUUUAAUUUUUGAUUCAUUGUGAUCACUUUGCACAGUCAUGCUGGUUACAUUUUUUUUCCUUUAGCUGGUCCAAAGACAACUUUCAAAUCUCACUAAAUUUACAAGUUUUUAAACAACGGAAACCAGGGCCAGUUAAAAUUUAACCCAGAACUUGCAAAAUGUGACAUUUAUUACUUUUUUUAAAGCAAAACUGAUUCUCUUUUGCUUUGUUCAUGGUUAUUUCAACUUUGGAAAGUCACGUAAUGUUGUAAAAUGGAUUUGCUACAUAAUAUGUACUUAAUGACUGAGAGGAAGGGCUGGAUGGGAAAACGUUUUGCUCUGGGUCAUGAUGUAUGGACCGAGCACAGUGAGGUCCAUUCUUCAUGAGCAAAGCCAAAUAGUUUCUGUCUGGCUGGACUAAGUCAGUCAAUAAGCAUUUUAUCAUAUGACCACUAAUCUUUGGAAAUUUGAAAAGUCAACACAUCUGGCCUACACAGUAGUUUUCACUAUGGUUUUGUUAGGGAUUCUGUAAGCAGGGCCCAACAGGGUCAUAUGAUAAAUGUAAUUACUUACUACUUGCGUUUUACAACAUCUGCUCAAAUUGUUUUCUUGUACAAAUGCAGAGCAUGGAUCAUCACUGGACAGAAGGAAACUGCCCUGGCAAGUGUUUCAAGUGUGGUAAAGCUGUCAAGAGUAACAACUGUCUUACUGGAUUACGCUGUGCUUGGUGUCAAGUCACGGUGGGUUGUGCACUCAAUGUGUCUUUAUUGAUCAAAAAACAAAUGCAGUCAAACCUGUAUUAAGUGGUGGUCAACCUUGACUGAGUCCCUAUGGGUUUUUUUUAUUGUCCCCCACCCGUAUUGAAUAGUCCUUAAAGUGGAACCACUUAGAUAAAACUAAGAACUGGAAAUUUCAAUGUGAAAGUGAGUGCUGGGAAAGGGAGUGGUGGGAAAAGAUUCAGGGUGCUUAUGAAUUCACAUAAGUUUGAAAACUGUCCUCCACUUGUAUUGAACAGUCACUUAAAGUGGAACUACUCACACAUAACUAAGAAUAAUCUUUCAAGUAAAAUUUAACUCAUGUUUAUCUCCCCAAAUCAAUGUUCAUACUUUGUAGGUUCACAACAAAUGCGCAACUCAUAUGGCACCAGAGUGUAACCUUGGAGAACAUAGAGAGCUUAUCUUGCCACCAGUCUGCAUCUCUCCAGCUGGUGGGCUGGUAUGUUCACAGACUAACCUACCACGCAUACUAAACUUAGAUAAAAAGUAAAUUUGUUGGUAAAUGGAAGUGCAAGAUGCACCAUGGCGUAGUUGUCAACACACUGUUCUUUGGUUGAAGAGGUCUUUGUUUGGGCCUUUGCCAUAAGAUUGUGUUGUGUCAUGGAAAUAUGAUAAAUUCCUCAGGCAGCUCCCUCUUCAUGCAGGGUAGGAAUAUGAAUUGUACCGCACAAACUGCUCGUCACACUUGACAAGUCUGUCGUGGGCCACCUAUGAUGAACUAACAUCCAAUGAAGGAGAAGUAAUAAUACUCCUAGUUGCUUCCUGCUUUUGAAACAGGAGAGCUCUUGUUGCUGGGUCAUUCGACUUCUUCGAAUCAACUCAUGAAUUAAUAAGAAACUUGAACUACAAACAGUUACGAAGAGCAGCACAAGAAAUAUUUCAACACUGUGGUAGGAAAAUGAUAAUGAUAAUGAUACACAUCUGGAGGGACAUAUUUACUUGUGGUCCUUGAAGCUUUACAAAUUAUAGUAGACAUGGUUAUGACGUAUGUUACCCUUGCAUGUAUUUGCAUGUAAAUAGUUCCUCAUCAGAAAGUUCUUGUGUUAGUAAUUAGUCUGUCUAAAUUUCAUAGGACAGGAGAAAGGACAACUCCACCCCUGAAGCUCAUAGGAAGAGAGCCAACUCUUAUGUCAAUUUUGAGGGGAUACCAAUGCAGGUUAAUUAUAAAUAACAAUAGAUAGCGUGCAUGUACAUAUGUAGCUACUGAUAAUGGUGAAAAGAGUUUUAUUUAGUUUUUUCGAGAAGAAAGUAAAGAAACAGAAUGAAGGGGAAUUGCCCUUAAUUCCUUUACUGUACCCUAAAAAUUUGGGCUGAUAACAAAUUCUCAUUUUGUGUUACUUAAAUGACAGAUAAGCUUGUGUAGUUCAUUGUUGACAACGUCUCAGGUCAUUUCUUGGAUUUUUUCGCCAAAGAUGCUAUUGAUACAGUUUGCUUUUCCAUGGACUGGAUAAUUUAUCUCUUAUUUCAGUGAAAUGUUUUUAUUGGUUGGUAUUCCUUAGUGGAAUACUAGAAAGCAAAGAUGCAAAGUUGAUGUUUUAGGAAGAUCAUUCAGUGUACUAGUCGAUUAAAAACGGUUCCUGGAAGAAUCUAAAUCCCUCUUAAAAUAGGAAAAUUAUGUAAAUACGUGUAUUCAAUGGUACAAAUGUACAGCUGUAUGUAAUUUGUCGCUUCAGAUUUCACCAUUACGUGGCACACAUCCCUUGGCUGUGUUUAUCAAUCCUAAGAGUGGUGGUCGACAGGGUGCAAGGUAGGAUUGUUUGAAAACUCUGGCCAACCUGGCUUUGCCCAUCAAUGCCUAUAAAACCAUUUAAGACCGUGCCACUUGUUUGCAAUGAUCAACAUAUGAAUGCUGUCUAUUGUUAUUUCUUUUUCCUAAACCUCACCAUCACGUGUGAUUAAAGUCCCAGAGUAUUCUAUAGUUUCUACACUUAUAUAUCUUGUUGUUUCGCCUAUGCUCUUUCAAUAAACCUGCAUUACUUUCUCAUCUCGCCUCAUCUAUCAAACAUAAAAGUCAGUCAAUGGAUCAUAUCUUACCCUACUUGUGAUUUUUACUUCGGUCGGCACUAAGUGUAGUUGAUUGAUAGGCCGCCUCUUCUACCAUCAGAUUACUUCACAAGUUUCAAUACUUACUCAAUCCGCGGCAGGUCUUCAAUCUUGGCGAUGGUGGACCCACACCAGGGUAUGUGUCUUGCUUUGCUGUUGUUGUUAUUUGUUCGUUUAGCGUUUGAAGUGACUUAGAAAAUUUUUAUUCCUCGCUGAUGGGAGAGUAGUCCAUCAUAGAUCACAAGCGCAGCACUGUACACUCAUUUACAAGCCACUUAUACUCCUGGAUUCGGAGAGGUUGUGUGAGAGUAAAGCCUAAGAAUAUAACAUAGCCACCCUGAUCAGAACUUGAACCGAGACCCCUCAGUCUUGAGUUACCACACAGACCAUAGGUUCCCCUUUUUAUUUGUUUCACUGUUGUCUUAUUUUCAGACUGAAGUUCUUUCAAAGUGUGCCUGAUUUCCGUGUCCUAUGCUGUGGCGGAGAUGGAACAGUAGGCUGGGUUCUAGCCACCAUAGGUGAGCUCAUUGACAAGUUUUUGUAUUCACUGUGAAAUGAAAUGUGCACUUAAAGACUUGUCCUCUACGGAGAAGUUUAAUUUUCGCAUUUCAUGUAGCUCGUGUUAUUAAGUGUAUGUAAUGUUAUUGUUAUUUCUACUCGCAAAUUUGAUAAGGAAAGAACACUCCUUUCAGUGUUUGUUAAGAUCAGUGCUAGGCUUAGUGAUAAUUUUUUCCGAAAAGCACGACGUUUACAAUGCAAGUGGGCAAGUUAUGCUUGAGUUAAAUUGAUUCCCUUUGGUUGUGUUUUGAGCACGCUGUGGAUGAAAGGAAUGAGCUGUUUCAGCUCAGUCUAAAAAUCAGUGAGAAACAAGUAUUUUGUUCCCACACUCUAAGUCGAUAAUAUAAUGCCUACCGAUUGUUGCUAGCAACCCCAGCAACUAGCACUGUUAAAUAAAGAGAUGAAAGUAUACAUCACAAUCAGUCAAAUGGUGACCCAACUCCCUUUUCUCAUGAACAGAUAAAUUACAGAUAAAGAAGCCACCACCAGUUGCUGUUUUACCUCUUGGUGAGUAAUAGGUACAGUCGAACUUAGCCACGCUAAGAGAGAGUUUGAAAGUUGACGUUUCGAGCGUGAGCCCUUUGUCAGAGCGAAUGGCGAAACGCUUGAAACGUCAGCUUUCAAACUCUGCGGUGGCCAAUUUACGUUAUCAAGUCAGUUGAUAUUACUAAAUUACCCUGUACAUCAAAGAGCUACUUUGAAAUUUAGUGCUGAAAGCAAUCCGAGUUUGCGCUAUAAGUCUCGCUUCACAGGGACUCCCUGUAAACCCUGUAAAGCCAUCUUAUUUAGCCCAGUCAACUUUGCUCUGUCAGUUACCGUGGCCUUGACACAUUUGGCCCUAUCGCCACAAGCUGAUAAUGUCGAAGUAGGCGUUUUUCCUUUUUAAAACCGUUAAACUCCCACAAGUGAUAUUCCUUCCACUCAACAACUGAUGAAAACAGAAAACAUAUAAAGGGGAUGAGGGGUGAGAAUAGUGCUUUCUUCUUGAUUUGGCAACAAACCCUUUUAAAUUGAUAAUGAUAAUAGGACUGAGUGGAGUCCAAUUCGGUCUGUAAUCAUACGGGUGGUUAACAAAGUCGAACGACAGCGAAGCGGGAGUCCGAUCCGUUAAUCACGGGUACUGAUUACAGACAGAAUUGGACGACACGAAGUCCUGUUACCAAUUGAUCAAAACUGUGAAAAAAUUUGAAAAAGAAACUAGGCAACGGUUUUAAGUUAGCUCGGUGAAAUGUGCGACAACAGCACGUGCUCAUGACGCGUACUGUCCACUUAGACAGGUAUGACGUGUUAAUUGUCCUAUAACACUGUCCAAUUGCAAGCAUGACGCGUACAGUGUCCUAUUAGUGCUCAAAUCGGGAUGAUGAUAACCAAUCACGUUUGAGAAUUAUAGUUUUUAUUACAGGGAGAAUUGGUAAUAUCAGUUAGAUAGUGGGAUUUUGAGGGUUAAUUUACCUAUGAUUAUCUAUCCACAGGAACUGGAAACGACUUAGCUCGAUGCUUGAAGUGGGGAGGAGGUAAUAACGAACGAACUAAAAAUGAGUGAACAGCUCUUCUUUCACUCAAACGUUGGAUGAAGCUGUUUUGAAGAUCCUACUGUUACCCAAUUAUUAUAAGAGGAAAAAGAUUCUUGAACAGAUAACUGAGCAGCUGUGCAGAAUUUGAUGAAAUAUUUCCAGUUCAAUCUAUCUCUUUCUGGGGUUAUAUAGUAGUUGUAUGUAAUAAAAUAUGUGGUUAUUGUUGGUGCAAGAUAGGAGAUGAACUUUGUUCGUUUGUCUCACGAUAGAGUCGCUUUUUGAUGUUGAUCGCGACGUUUCGACUGCAAUACUGCUAGUCCUCAUCAGGCAAUGAUGUCGAUUGUUUCAGUAAUAGUAGUAAUUGUAUAUUUACUGAGACCAGCUUGCUUUCAGGAGUAUGAAGAUUCAAUGUCUUGCGUGUAGGUCUUCGUAGUUGUAAAACCGCGGGAAUACGUUGUCGGUAGAUUUCUUUUUUUGCGGAAGAAAAGAGGAACCACUGUAUUUUGUGAAGGAUAAUAUUUGCUUGUUGUACAUCUUUCUCCUCAGGAUAUGAAGGUGGAAGUAUUUCCAAGGUGUUGAGUCUGAUUCAAAAGAGCUCGGUUGUAAGUCUUGACAGGUACUCGUGGAUCUGCUAUGCUUACAGUCAAAUCAACCGCAUGGUCAGAGGUUGCCUCUUUUUCAAACUUAAUUUCGAGAGACAGCUCCGAUUUGCGUCUAAAUGAACUUUUGCAUUUUUUUUUCGUUUGUGGUGAAUCUCCAGCAUGACUAUUCGUCAAAACACGGUUAAGCUAACUCUGUGUUGAUGUUAUUUCAUGAUAUGAUUUUUUAGUUCUGCGGACAGAUUUAUUGUCCUUCAUUCAGUAUGCUCUCAUUCAGAACAAUUAAAGCUAAGUUAGAUUAUAAAUCAGAGAUUAGCACUAGCCCUCUCUCGAACAUAAUUCCGUAUAAGCUGGAGCCUUGUCUUUGAAACGAAGACGUACGUGUUUUAGUUUGAAACGAUUCAGAUGAAAAUGAUUUCCAAAUUGUUUGAUUAGUACGUUUCUUUGUUGAAGGAUUAUGGCAAUGUAUCUUGAGCUGAGGAAAUUACAAACAAGCCAAUUUCAAAUCAUUUCACCUGAAUUUAAUUGAGAACCACAACUUAUAAAACGCUGUUUACAAAUGCUAAGUAUUGUGACUGAUUUGCUAAAGAAAGAGUUAUAAAAAACAAAUGAUGUUGAGGACCUGAUGUUAAAAGUUGGACUUUUUCUAGCAGUUUGAUGAUCUUAACCUUUACACGUUUUGUUAUUUUGUAGAUGGUCCGUCUCAUUCAAGCAAACUAACAAAGAAGACAGUGGAGAUCCACCUCCACUGGACAUCAUCAACAACUACUUCUCAAUUGGCGUGGUAUGUCUUUUUUUUCGGAGAGUUUGGUUAAACGAAAAUAAAGCUGCAGAAAAUUUUAUUAUUGAUUGCUUUUAUUUAUUUUUAGGAUGCGUCAGUUGCGCUCAAGUUUCAUCUGCAGAGAGAAAAGAAUCCUGAAAAGUUCAACAGCAGGUGAACUAACAAAUUAAAAAAAAAAAAAAAAACUAUUGAAACUUGAAACUUGGUAGAUUAUCUUUAAUAAUAUUGGCGAUGUCUGUUUGGGAAGGGAAUAGAAAUAUUUCAUGUAUUAGUACCGCUGUACUACAUUCAGGGCCAAAUAAACACGGAGUGUUGCAGAGAAUCUAUUUAUUUUCAAUUUUGGUGACGAUAAUUAUAUUUUUACAAAGGAGAUAACAUAACAAGUAAUUCAGAGCUCUUUUCUGCAAAUCAGACUCGUAAGAUAAAGGUCUUAUACGAGGCAUUUGUAUUAAAUUUUACUAAAUUUUGCUACUGGUAGAGAAUAGUUGUUUAAAUUAUUAAAGAUGAAUAAAAUUUGUUUUUUUUCCAACUUUGAAGGUUAAAAAAUAAAUUUCGUUAUUUUGAAUGUGGAACAUCGGAGACCCUUUCAGCAACUUGCAAGAAUCUUCACGAGGAAAUUGAAAUCAUUGUAAGUAUAUUUGCCUUUAAAGGUAAGAAUUAUGUUGCUUAAGGGGACUGUAAUACCAAAAUUAUCGUAUUUAAUUUUGCGUUCGGUGACGAUUUGAUUCUCUCUGGAUGAUGGUGAACAGUUGAAAUUCACUGACAGUGAAGCAGUUGCGGGAAAUGAUAGAAAAAUCAGCAACUAAAGAUUGCAGGCCUCAACAGUGAUUAAGCCAUGUCUCCGAGGCACUAUAGUUUUGCACUAUUAGCUGUUGGUAACUUGUGAAAUCUUUCCUCUUUUCCCCAACUAUUUUGAUCCACUUCGUACUCCGUAUUAACUUGAUAUUAAAAAAAAGAUCCAUUGCUCUUUCGGUUUGUACCUCAAAAUAGUCUGAUAAUGAUCCAUCUGUUAUUUUAGUGUGAUGAUACACCAUUAGCACUGCCUCAGCUGGAAGGAAUUGCUGUGGUAAAUAUUCCCAGCGUAUACGGUGGAGCAAACCUCUGGGGUGAAACGGACAAGAAGAAGGCCAGACGGUCACGUGCGAAAGCAGGCGGAAAGGACAAUGAACUGGACUGGGCUGUACAAGGUUAGUUUACAGAGUCGUCUUUUGUUGUAGUUUGCCUUUCUUCUUUGGUGAUCAUCCUCCUUUUGCUUAAAGGUAAAUUUUUUCGUCGCUACUCACCUCCAUGAUAAGCAUUUUGAAUAAUUUUAGAUGGCAUUUGCACGUUUUUUGUUUAUUUUAUGUUAGACAUAGGAGACGGGAAGCUGGAGGUGGUCGGACUUGAAAACACUCUGUUUGUCAGUCAGAUUAUUGUCGGCGUCAGAGCCCAUGGCCUUAGAUUGGCUCAAUGCUCCUCAGUCGUAAUAAGGUGGGUAUCCAGUUUCACGAAGAUUCUAAUCUUGGUUUGCUGUGGCUUUGGCUGUUCUCCACCAAUGAGAGGAUAAAACAGGGGCUGUGAGAGACAGCAGAAUUUAUUCAAUCGCUUUUAAAAGAAACUUACAGAGUUUUUUCCUUCGGUUGAUGAGUUGUGUGCUACUUUAAGGAUUCUAUAGUCUAAACAUCCUUUAUUAUUUCGACCGCAACAGGACCAAAAAGCUGUUUCCAAUGCAGAUUGAUGGAGAGCCAUGGAUGCAACCACCAGCCGAGGUAAGAGAAACAUUCUUGGUCGAAGUACUGUCUGGUAUUCCGCCGCAAGUUGUUUUAAAACAUUAGAAUCAAAAUUCAAGGCUGCUAUUAUGCUUUCUUAAGGUUUCUAUCGGCUAUCGAUAGCUGUUUAAGAUCGUAACUCCAUUAGAGGAAAAUAGCACUCGGGUGCAAAGGUUGCGAAUUUUUUUCUUUUCUUGGAGUGUCUGUGAAUUUGUGUUUGCUUAAUUUUAAGUUUGUUUCUUUAUAGAGAGCAAUUUUCUAAUCGAGUGUCGAAAGGAAUCCGAAAUCGGAAUUGCUCUGGUUUUGCUGUAUUUCGUGAUGUGAUUGGUCCAGGAAACCUGCGCCACUUUCUCAACCAAUUACAUUAAAAACGAAAACCAAUCUCGACUUUGUCACUCGCGUUUUCACGCUCUUUAGAUAGUUUACUGGUUUUCACUCUGAGUUCUCGUUGGUUCCUGGUGAUACUUCCACGUUAUAAUUGACUUCUCUGGUUGCUUUCGUUUUCUUUCUUAUGUUUUUAUUUUGUGUCCUUGCCAACUAAUACAAUUUUCCUUUUGCUGUCUUAAUAUUUCUCAGAUUGUGAUCUCACACAAGAAUCAGGUCCCUAUGCUUCAAGGACCGCCACCCGUCAAAAGCUCCUUCUUCUUUAGAAGGAGAAAAACACGAGACCCUGAAUUGGAGAGUGAGAUUUAAUUAACCUGUUUUUUGCAUCGGCCUAUUAUUAUAGUUGGGGAUAUCUAAGAAAGUGGAGAUGACUCUAGUGAUGAUAAGGCAGCUGUACGCAAACGCUUAAGUAUCGCCUAAUGGCGGAGUAACAGUUCUAGUUAUUAGACUGCGUAAGAUGUAAUUUAAUUUGAUUUUUUCCCAAACAGAAAUGGCGUUAAUCACUGUUUUAGGAUCUUAAUGAUUUCUUAUCAUUAUUUGAGGUUUUUAUUUUAAAGUGGAUGUAUUAUUUUUAUUCAAAGUAGAGUUUGGGGGCAAAUAAUGUGAGUCGGUUUUUGCUAAAGUUAUACCGGCUGUGCACAGCUGUGCAUUUUUAUCCUUGAUCCCUUCUCGUGGUUAUCGUAAUUUUGCCUACUGAGAAUAUCGCAGCCUCUGUUCAUUAUAUGGGCAAAAGUACUACCUGAGUAGACAUUUGCUUUUACUUGUAUUUAAUUUUCAUUGGGUCAAUUUGGAAGUUUGAAAGGCCAUGCGCUUAGCUAUAUAUUGACGCUAAAUUAAGAAGUGUACAGAAAAAGGCAAACGCUGUUGACCAGCGUAUGAGUCCAGCGAGCCGCAGCUCAGCUGAGACGUCAAUCUUCAUUGUUAUUUAUUGCUAGUUUGCAUCUACAAAAUAUAUGUAACGUAGUUAGAAUUAAGGAAUAGAGAAUGACAAAGUUAGAAAGGUCAAGCUUCAGCCAGCCUUGUCGAACCUUCCCAUUUACCAGAUCAAAAUAAGGAUUCUCCAUGGCGAUUUAUAGAGCCUGGAAUCGCCGUGCUGUCGGUUCAGAGAACCUCAUGAUUGGUGACGAGAAAUGCGUUGUUGAUCAUGUUGUGAAUGGACCAGUUUACACUGCUGAUGUCGUAUCAUGACCUGUUGUAGCUGAAUAUUGAAUUCGGUGAUUUACAGUAGCUGUCCAAUAAGAAUAUAUAUGAAUGAAAGAGUAUAAUAAUCCACCAUGGGUUUCAACCCUAAAUGUCUAUUUAAAUACUGAUAUUAUAUGGGAAACUGGUUGUCAUAUCACUGUGAUAUCCACCUGGAAAGGGGCUCAUUCCAUUACCCGCAAGCGAACGACGGGUGAUCUGCGGCGGAAUGUGGAGCGAGAUCACACUGUCACACUGUCACACACCUCUUAAACGCGAUUGGCGUAGCUUAUGCCGUCUUUGUUAUGUUUUUCAAUUGUUCUCAAUGAAAUUUAUUAUCUGGAAGGUCCUUAAGUAAAGUGGAUAAAAUAGUGUGCUAAUAGCUUCACUGUCGGGUCAUUGUCUAUAACACUGUUUGUUCUGACAAAUUCCUCGUUGUUGGUCAGAGAGGUGACAGACUUUAUGUACAUUGCUUGUGAGUGCCUUUUUCGCGUGAAGGUAGUAUUAGAAAUGGAAGGUGAAACACGUGUGUCACGUGUAUUUUGACACUGAUACGGAAUCUUUCAUUUUGCACAGAGAAAAAAAUAAAAUCACGAUGUAUGCAGUGAAGAUAAAGUUUUCGCCGUAAAGGGUGAGAGAGCUACAGAGAUCUCGUGUAGGUGCCUGGCUUUGAGUCAGAACGUGAGACGAAUCAUGACUCUUCAGUGAAUUUGAUAACAAUCGACAGAAUUGCAACCUGCAAAGAUGCAGAAGUGUUUUCUUCAAUAGGGGAAUCUUUGCUGCCGUCAUAACUUACAUUUUUCUUUUUUAGCAUAACUGUUUUUUGUUUGUUUAUUUCUUUUUUUAUAGUAAAGAAGUCGAGUUCAUGAAGGAGUGAUUUCAAAAACCGAAUUAGUGCCUCGUAGUGUAAAGUACGUGAAAUUUGGGUCUUUCUACGAGUAAAACUCACAUGAAAUAUUCAUCAACGGAAACGGCCAACUUUCUGGGUGAAAAAAAUCGCUAAUGAACCUAUACAUUCUUUUUAAAAUUCCUAAUCUUAACAUCGUGUGGCUAAGAGAAUUUGAGAUGAACCAACAUUUUUGUGGCUUGAUGGGAAAACCAAGAGCUUAUACCCACCAGCAAAAAAUGUAAACAAAGAUUCCCCUCAUAGAAUGACACCUUUAACUAAGAAAAGGAAAUACUUUGCACUAUUAAGUCAGGUCUGUUAUUAAACUGCUAGUGAUUUUGUGACGUUAUGCGGUUAGAUAUACGAUUGUCGUACAAGUUAACCGAUUUUAAAGUCUAGUAGUCUAAGAGACUCGCCCUCAGGUUCUUACAGCUUCAUCUACAGUGGAUAAAUAACUAAUUGACUUAUAUUUAUUGCUUUUCGCAAGUCUUAUUUAAGUGUAAUUUUUAGUUGUAAAUGGUUGUGAUGGUUUGACACCUUGUAUCCAGUGAAGUUAACUCAAUUAAGUAAAGUUGAAGAUAACGCAACAGGAUG